AUGUCUGCUAAAAAGAGAAAGGUAGAUGCUGAAUGCAGAGUCUUCCAAAAGAAUUGGACUGCUAAGUAUUUAUUUACCGAAAUCAGGGGUAAAGCCGCGUGUUUAGUUUGCGGGGAGCAGAUCGCCGUUUUUAAGGACUACAAUUUGAGUCGGCAUUACGAGACAAAACAUGCUGCAAAAUAUAAAAACUUGACUGACGCAGAAAGGGUGCAGACUUCGGAAGCUUUGCUAGCCAAGUUGCAAAAGCAGCAAGGCUGUUUUACAAAACUUCACGCAGCCAGGGAUGCAGCAACCCAGAGCAGCUUUGUGAUAUCCCACAAAAUCGCGAAAUACAGUAAGCCGUUCUCAGAGGGGGAGUUUAUCAAAGAGUGCUUGGUGGACUCUGCAGCACUAAUAUGCCCUGAAAAAAAAGCGGCAUUUGAGCAAGUCCCGCUGUCCAGGCGAACCGUGACUAGAAGGAUCGAGGACAUUGCGGGGAAUUUGGAGCUUCAGCUGCAACGUGAAGUGGCACGUUUCGACUUUUUCUCCUUGGCUUUGGACGAAAGCUGUGAUGUCCGCGACACAGCCCAGUUACUUGUAUUCGUCCGCGGGAUAACCCCCGAGUUCAAGAUUACGGAGGAGCUGGCAGCAAUGCGGUCGAUGAAAGGAACGACGACAGGGAGUGAUCUGUUCAUGGAGGUAAAUGAGUGCAUGGACAGGCUGGGACUGAAAUGGGACAGACUGACAGGCGUCACAACGGACGGAUGUCCAAAUCUCACCGGAAAAAAUGUCGGACUUUUGAAACGUAUGCAAGAUAAAGUGACUGAAAUCGACAUGGAUCAGAAACUGGUAUUUUUGCAUUGUAUUCUACACCAACAUGUGUUAUGCAAAUCAGUGCUAAAAAUUUACCAUGUCAUUGAUGUUGUUACUAAAAUAGUAAACUUCAUCAGGGCAAGAGCAUUGAAACACAGACAGUUUGUCGCACUAUUGGAGGAGCAUGAGACCGAGCAUCGUGACAUCGGCUACCACACAGCUGUCAGAUGGCUCAGUCUGGGAAAAGUGCUAAAAAGAGUCUGGGACCUGAAAGCAGAGAUUCGGGAGUAUUGUGAGAAGAAAGGCAAAGACUUCCCUGAGCUCUCAGAUGAGGACUGGAUGGCAGAUUUUGCAUUUUCUGUUGAUGUGACUGCACAGAUGAAUGAACUGAACACCAAACUGCAAGGCAAGGGCCUUUUUGUUCAUGAAAUGCACAGCCUGGUGAAGGCUUUCAUGACAAAGUUACAGUUUCUUUCAAGACAACUGGAGAGCAAUAAUAUAACUCACAUGCAAACCCUGAAAGAAGUCACACCACCAGCUGAUCACCUCCGCAGGUACUCAUCCAUGUUGGGAGCAUUGCAUGGUGAGUUUUCAAGGCGAUUUGAAGAUCUCAGACAAAUCGAAGACAAAAUGUGCCUGAUUUCCUCUCCCUUUACCUGCAGUGUGGAUAAUGCACCCAGUGAUGUUCAACUGGAACUCAUCGACCUGCAGUCUGAUGCAGUACUGGCAGAGCACUUUAAGUCAAGAUCUCUGCUAGAUUUCUACUCUUCUCUCAAGGAGGAGAACUUUCCAAACAUGAGGAGACGUGCUCAGAAGAUGUUGGUUCUCUUUGGCUCUACAUACGUAUGUUUGAAAGAGAGGGGAUGACAAUAUCCUCACAUGUAGUGUGCAUGUGGAUAUUAUAAAGUUAAGAAAGAGUGCCACGUCCUAAUAUAAAUGAUAAAGGAGAUAACUAAGGGCUAGUUUUUGGACUUUUUAGGCACAGUUUGGUU